AUGCAGAGAAAACCAGGAUACCCUGCUAUCGCUAAUAAUAUGAAAAUGGAGCUGGGCUUGGGAAUGGAAUACGUUGCGAGAUGUGAUUUUGCAUCUGAAAGCCAAUGUGAUGAUGAUGAGCCACAACAGCGCCGACAGCAGUUAAUAAACUUUGGACACUCUCAGUGGGGGUUCAAUAAUUGGAGUUGGUCCGUCACUUCACAAGACCUAGAUUUUGCAGAACCUCAAAAUGGCAAAUACACAGCUGGUGUUGCAUGUUUUGUGUCCGUUAAAGUAAAAAGUCUGGACAUACAACGAGAUAAUGUGGGGUACGCAACAUCGGUAGCAAACAACAAAGGGCUGGCAAUACAUAGAGCAAGGAAGAGCUCUGUUACAAAUGCUCUUCGUGAAACUCUUUUGAGCUUCGGUGGAAAUCUUGCUUCAGAGCUGUUAGAACUCCUUGAAAGCAACAAAAGUGAGGCAGCAAACCAGAUCAUAGUGCCUGAGGCUGUUCAAGAGAGCAGCAGCAAUCCACUCAUUAAAACAGAACCAAAGAACCUCUCAAAGCCAAUUAAUAGAAAAGAUACCGAAGCAAAUGUAAACAUACCUCAGGUUUUUCCGCAAAAGGGGCCUAAGAAUACACUAAACCCCCCCGUGGCUAAGGCCCACCCGAUGCCCGCCAACCUGGCCAUCAACAUGUCAACGAAUCUCCCCAAUCCUCCGGCGACCCCAGCCGCUAACUUGCCGCCCGCAGCCAACGCUCCCCGCCCGCCCUACGCCGCGCCGCCCGCCCCCGCUCACGUCCGUCCCAACUCCAACGUAAGUUUCGUGAUGAUGCCGCCGCUGUACGCCCCCCCGCGCCUGCCUCCGCCGCACGCCUUCCCCAACUACUACGAGCUGAGUCCGUGGCACUUCUCCUACGAGCCCCACAACCUCAACUUGAACCUCAACAUGCCGUCACGGAACCUGCUCGUGGGUCGUGACUGUAAGCGCGAGGACUUCCAGCCACAACAAGGCUGUUGGAUCAAACCGACCAUAUUCUAUGACGGGUUCUGGACUGAGCAGAAGGUCAGGAAGUGGGUCGCGGAACAAGUCGAGAAACAGUUCCCAGAAGAUAAAACAACCUCGCCCGCCGACUCCACAACUAAAUAA